AGAGGGAGUCAUUCACAGCGACCGAGAGAACGGGAGGCAGAGGAGCGGAGAGUAGCGGACGGGAGGAGCGACGCACGUACACUUGCAGCGCGCGCACAGCCAUGAAAGGAGAGCAUUUAAUCCCCACUAUGAGAAACACGACGUUCUACCAGCGUUUCCACCUCCUGGGGGGCGAGGAGCUGCUCGUCCUGCAGAACUCCAUCGGCGACCCGGCGCUGGGCGAUGGGCUCCAGCACAUCACCGACUUCAACGACCUGCCCACCUCGCUCUUCGCCUGCAACGUGGACCAGAGUGUUUUUGAGGAGCAGGAGGGGAAGGAAACGUUCGAGGCGCUCUUCCUGGCGUACGACGAGCGCGCCACCUUCCAGCUGUUCAAGAGCUUCCGCCGCGUGAGGAUCAGCUUCAGCAACGCCAAGGCGGCGGCCAGCGCCAGGAUAGAGCUCCACGAGACGCCGUUCAGAGGCAAGAAGCUGAAGCUCUACUUCGCACAGGUGCAGAAUCCCGCGUCGGACGGGGACAACCUGCUCCUGGCCCCCCCCCAGCCGUCCAAACAGUUCCUCAUCUCCCCGCCCGGCUCGCCCCCCGUGGGCUGGCAGCAGAUCGACGAGGCCACGCCCGUCAUCAACUACGAUCUCCUGUACGCCGUGGCCAAGCUGGGACCGGGAGAGAAGUACGAGCUCCACGCUGGAACAGAGUCGACGCCCAGCGUGGUGGUGCACGUGUGUGACAGCGAGGUGGAGGACGAUGAAGAACCAAAGAAUUGUCCCAAACCAAAAAUUAUCCAGACCCGGCGCCCCGACCUGCCCGUGUCUCACUGAGCCCCGCGCUGGUUCUCCUGCCGCUCGGCUCUCCAGCCAUCUGGCCCUCCUGCACCUCCUCGGGGAGGAAGGAGCACUUCGCCCCACUGUCUCCUUCACAGAAUCAGCAAUGCCCUCCUUCCCUGUGCAGCACCGCUCCGCCCUUCCCCACCCCGCCCCCAAAGCUCCGUCCCCACUGGGUCGCGUUCUGCGUUUCCUGUCGAACACGUGGGCGUUUCAAUGUUCUUGCACGUCUCUUCUUUUUCGUUUCGUACGUUUCUAUCUGUCCCGUAGCCCCUGAUCUGCAUGCGAUGCCGUGUUCCAUGCUCCUCCCGUUUGGAACCCUGUCAUACUGUCCCACGACCACCAGGGGGCAGCAUGCCUGCUUGGAGCUCAGCUUUCGACCGAUCCGGGCCCUCUCGAACCAACCGCCGAGCGCUACGCAUUUCAGCAUCGACGGCGGAAAGCGCAUCUUCGUAAGGGCAUGCCAGUCACUCAGGUGGCCGAACUGUAGCGCCGCGCUCGUUGGCAAGCGGGGGCGGGGCCAGGGGCGGAGACUCGACAGUUUUUCUACAGCGGAACCCUGAUUAGCAGCAACGCCAACCACAGGGACUUUGAAAUCUCACAAUGCAUGCACUGAUCUGCUCCUGUUCUGCAUAUUUACUCGGGUCUUUUUGCAGUGUGUAACCGUCCUUUGGAAAAAAACAACAGCAGCAAAGUGUGUCUCUGUGUUCAACUUCCAGCACCACUCGCAGAUUAUAACGCCUAUAAAAUAAUGACUGGUGGAAUUUAUGUAAGCUGAUGUUAUAAACCUGUGAUUUUUUUCGCAAUGUGAAUCUUCCGUGUGCUGUCCUGUCCCUGAGGCUCUGGUUUAAAAACAAUAACAAAAAAAAGGAAAAAAGGCUCUAUAGACCCCACCCCCUUUUCGCGAGAAAUAAGACGUCCAACCAGACACCUCUGAACAAAGUCAGCAACAUUUAAGAUGCAUGUAUAAUUUCCGUAUGUGUCAUUGGUUCUGCACAAAAAUGUGAUUUCAUGGAUUUAUAUACGACUCUGUGCCUCUGAGUGCAAAAAAGAACAAAAAAUACAAAUGAUCAUUUAUUAACUUGUUUUGCAAGACAAAUGCAUGAUUCCAGAAGAGUAAAAAAAAAAAAAA